UCUAUGAAAUGAUUCAGCGGUUGAUGAAUCGUUUACUUCUUCUUUACCAAAUUGCCUAACAAGCAAAUUCCUUCUACAUCUGUUUAUCGAUAUUGUCUUCAAAUCAAUCAAAAGUUGUGAAUGGACUCCAGAAAUAGAGUGAUCAAUGCAGAGCACAAGUUCUCAGCGACCAAAUUGUUCAAUUACAGUAAAGGAGACACUGAAGAGCAUAUGAACAAAGCAUUACUCGAGGGAGCUCUUAGCUAUUCCCCUUCAAAUAGUACAUCAAGAACUACUGAGAUUGAAAGCCUUUGUUACUUGAAUGAAGCCGAAAAUCCCCAGAAGUUGCAGGAAACACCAUUUAAGUCAAGAGGUUUCAUAGAUACCUUUAAGAAGCUGAAAAUGGAACCAGGGAAACAAAAACAAAGGGAUACAGGUUUAACAUGUAAGAGUGUUAGACCUCCACCUCGUAAGAAGCACAAGCUUGAAGAAGCAAAAACAAGACAGAAUCAUCAAUGGAAAACAAAUCUAACAAUCCCCAAGAUACCCUGUUUACAGACAUUGCUGAGGCCACGACAUCUGAAGAUUAGUAAUUCCAAAGAACAGCUGGAGAAAGCUCGGAAAUUCAAGGCCAGACCUUUAAACAAGAAGAUACUUGAAAGUAAAGGGGAAUUGGGGCUAUUAUGUAACAAAAAACGACAAGUCACUAUACCUCAAGAAUUUCAUUUUGCAAUUGAUGAAAGAAUUCCACCACGAAGAACAGUCAAUGAUGCUCAACUGUUUAACAAGAUUACAUUGUGCUUAAAAUCCCACAACAAGAAACUAAUCCCAAGAAACACAAUAUCACGUCCCUUUCAUUUCCAAACAGAGGAAAGAGGGGCACAAAAAGAAAGCAAAUUUGUGGUCAAAAUCCUACACAAGCAAAUAGAAGAAGGGUCAUCCAAUGUGGUCACAAUAUCCAAAUCAUCAACAUUUAGUGAUCUUGUGAUGAAGGAAAGACGAAGAAAGUUGCAGCAUCAAACAUGAGUUAAUUACAAAAGAAAGAACUAGUGUGUAAACAAGAUUUUAUUCAAUACUAGUGAGCUCAUACAAGUCAACACCAAAGGUUUAG